UCUCUCCUCUCAGUUUUAAAGAAGCAAAUGUAAUUAUGACUAAGAUUUAAAAAUAUAAAUUAAUGGUAGUUAUAGUUCUGAAGAUUGAAGAUGAUGAUGAGGAGGAGUUAGAGGAAAUGACAAUGACUUUGGUGAGGAGAAAGGUCAUAGAUAAACUCAAGUAUGUUGGGUAAGAGAAACUUCUUUGUGAAACAUACAUUGGGCCAAGACAAGAGAUAAAUUAUGCAAAAGAAAAAUAAGAUGGAAAGAAAGAGAGCAAUUUGGGAAGAUUCUUUUAAAGUCAGAGGCCAGCAUUCCCAGAUGAUCCCUUGGGCCAUUGCUGUUUUUUACAUCUCAGUUCUCAGUGCUUGUCUUAUUGCAAACUGUUUGGUAACUCAUCACAACAUUCUACGCUGCAGGAGAGAAGCAAGAGUGUUCAAGUUACCAGAGUACCACAUGAAGCUGACAUGCACCAGAGAGAAGUCAAAAUUGAAAGGGACCACCUGGAAUUGCUGUCCUUUUGGCUGGAGAGCAUUCCAGUCCAACUGCUAUUUUCCUCUUAAUGACAACAAGACAUGGGUUAAGAGCGAAAGGAACUGCAUGAGGAUGGGGGCUCAUCUGGCCACCAUCAGCACAGAAGCUGAGCUGAACUUUAUUACUCAAUUUUUGGAGAGACGAUUUUCAUAUUUCCUGGGACUUAUAGAUGAGAAUCAUGGAGGCCGAUCCUUGGUGAACAAGACAGCAUUUAACCCACAUAAUUUAUUAUGGCAUGAGGGUAAAGCCAAAAAUCAGGAAGAAAAUUGUAUUGUCCUUGUUAAUGUCCAAGACAAAUGGACAUGGAAUGAUUCUCCUUGUAACUUUGAGACAAAAAGUAUUUGUAAAUUACCUGGAACAGCAUUCAACUAGAAACAUCCAAAGAAGUCCUUGUGAUGGGGACAGAAAAGAAGAACCAAUUAGACUAGGGAAGAAUGUACCUGCACCAUUGGAACAGAGAAAACCUGCUGAGAAAAUAGAAAAAUUUUAGUUAUGAUGGCCUUAUUUAUUUUUGUUCUAUUUAUUCAAGAUACUAUGUUUUUGUGUGG